AUGAAAAAUCGAAAGGAGUUGGGUAGUGGAGAGAGUAGAGCAAGGGUUCCAUGGUGCGAUCUUCCAAAGGAACUGUUGGAAACCAUAGCAUACUCUCUCCUUACCAGAGUAGAUGUUUGCCGAGUCCGUGCAGUGUGCAAGUCAUGGCGAUCCUCCAUCCCUCCCUUCAGAAAACCCAUCUCUCUGCCUCUCGAAUUCGCAGUUCCUUACCCAAACCCUUCGCAUCGCAGUCAUCCCAACAUGCUCUUACUCACUGAAAGCACGAUCUAUCUUCUCUCUCCCAAUUCACAAGCUUCCACUUCCAUUUCCACAAGGUCCAAGACUGCUUCGUGGGGCUGGUUAGUAAAGGUCCAAGAACAGGAAGCUUGCCGUUUCCGCGUCAUAAACUCAAUCUCCUGCCAACCCAGCCACCGUUUUCCCACUUUUCCCAAAUCAAUAAACUUGUUGGAUUUGCGGGUGUCUGAAUUGGCCAAAGCUUAUAGCGUUCGCUUCCCCAAUAAUGGUUUUACUCAAAAAGUGGUUUUCUCCUCCUCCAGUCCUGAUGAUUGCCCUUGCCCCUCACUCAUGAGGAUCAACGCAGGGUUUUUAUUUUACCUGAAAAUAGUAGAUGGCAGCGACUGGACCCUAAUAGAUGACACAGUCUCUCAGUUGGAUUAUGAAGAUGUUACUCUGUAUAAGAACAGAUUUUGUGCUGUGGACAAGUACGGAAGAGUUGUGGUGAUUGAUUCUUCUUCUUUGAAGGUUACAGAGAUUGCAUCUCCUUUCAAGGGUGAAAAUGAUGGUAACUCUAAGAUUUUAUUAGUAGAGUCGUCUGGGGAGCUGCUUUUGGUUGAAAGAUUACGUGAAAAGCCUCAUUUCAAGGUUUUUAAGCUGAGUGCGAAAGAGAGAGAAUGGGUGGAGGUGAAAAGUUUGGAUGACAAGGUCAUGUUUUUAGGUGGUGACUGCUCCUUCUGUGUCGCUGCUAAAGAUUUUGGCAAUGGAUGUAAAGGAGACUGCAUUCUUUUCACAGAUUAUUGUUCUACUUUUAGUGUAUUCAACUUGGAAGAUAGUAGUCUGAAACCAGUACAAAAACAUCCAGGCUAUAACAAAAUCUUUUACCUACCACCAUGA